UAAUAUAUUUUAAAUAAUAUAUUUAACUUAUUUAUCUCCAAAGAAUGCUGGACAUUUGAGAAUGUAAGGGUACUGUGUGUGCCUGCGGGGGUCUUAUGGGUUGGGUGUGGCUAAACAUUCAGAGAUGUAGGACUUAUAAAGAGAGAUGCUCCUCUAGCACUGAAGCAUUAAGGUGCUGGCAACAAAAUGAAGCUACUAUCAAGACUUUUACUAUUGACUUGUUUUUCUGUGACCCUAACAAGACAUGUUGACAGAAGCAACUCAAAUUCAUAUCACGCGUGGAAUACAAAACGGUUUCCUGUGUGGAAAUAUGGAGAUCCACGCUACAGAAACACCUGGACAGGUGGAGAACUAAAGUUUAAUGUGGGUAAUGACGCACCAACUUUGACCGGUGCCAAAAUUACCUUCACAAUUGACAUUGUAUUCCCACACAACCAAAGACUCCUGCCUGAUGGACAAGUAGUUUGGGCCGAGAAUUGCACAGUCAACGGCACACAGUUUCAUGAGGGACAACCUGUAUAUCCUGAGGAGAACUUGAAUAUAGAUGCAGGAAACACUGUGUUGCCAAAUCCUCCACUGCACAGCCUAAGGGACAAGAAACCACCUUACGUCUUUGUGUGGAAAACCUGGGGGAAGUACUGGCAGGUGUGCGAUGGGCCUUCAUCAUCACUGACUAUCGGCACUGAUGAUGUCCCUCUUGGCUCUUAUGUGAUGGAUAUUGUCAUCUAUCACUACAGGAAGAGAGAUAAAUUCAUUCCUAUCGGAUAUGCAUCCACACAGUUCAGUAUCACAGACCAGAUUCCCUUCGAGGUGUCCCUGACGCAGGUGAAUGACAAAGACGAAAAGGACCAGAAAUUCAUCCAGAACAGAGCUGUGGCCUUCAGCAUCACCCUUCAUGACCCCAGCCAAUACCUGAGCCAAUCAGACGUGACAUUUAACUGGGACUUUGGGGACGGCAGCGGAACCGUAAUCUCCAGAGCACUCACCACCACGCACACAUAUGUUACAUCCGGUGCCUUCAAGCCUCGAGUUGUCAUUCAAGCAGCCAUACCGGAUCCAUCCUGUGCACCAAAGCAGCCAACUGAAUCCAAUCCUACUGCAAGUGUCAAUGCUGAAGAUGAGAUACAUGAAACAUGGACUACAGCAACGACAUUCACAGACACUGAGAUGAUAUUGGAGAAAGACUCCAUUGAAGACCAAGCCUAUGUAACAAUAACAAAGCGGCAGGUGCCGGACACAGACAACUGUGUGAUUUACCGCUAUGGAUCUUUCUCAACUGAGAUUGAAAUAAUUGAGGGCAUUGAGAGUGUUCAGAUUGUCCAAGUGUCUGUAGCUGAUGGUUUGGAGCUGAUGGAGAUGAAACGCAAUGUUGUUGAUUUUAUCGUCACCUGCCAAGGAAGUCUUCCCACUGAAGUGUGCACUGUGGUGUCAGACGCAGACUGUAAUGUGCCAGUUAUGACAAUCUGCAAUGCUGUGAGUCCUUCCCCGGACUGUCAACUCAUCCUCAGACACUCUUUUAAUGACUCUGGGAUCUUCUGCAUCAAUGUGUCUAUGGCCAAUGAUGUCAGCCUGGCUCGCACAAAUACCAGGAUUAAUAUUAACAUAGGUUCCAGAUUUCCAUCUUCAGGUGUGAUUGCUGUGAUGUUGGGAAUCCUGACUGUCGCAUCAGUGCUGGGAUCUGUGGCCUUUGCAUAUAUGCGUCUUAAAGGGUAUCAUAAGCUGACCGAGGACCCAGCCGUGUGCCAGUCUAACAGUGCUAGCUCUGUGUCAGCUCUGUUCUGGAGUCUGUUAAACCAGCAGACACUGGGUCAGAAACGAGGAGUGGUGUAAAAUUUACUUUUACUUUAAAAUGAAGUUCCUUAGUCUAAAAAUUUAGAGAAAUGUUGUUAGUGUCAUUUUUUAUGUACGAAUACUUUUUUUGUACUUUUCAUGCUGGUUUAUUGGAUUUUGUAUUUUUAUAUAUGUGUUUGACCCUAAAUUUUUAAAUCUAGAAAGACCGGCAUGUGCCUCAAAUUUUGUAAUUUUUAAAACUUGAAAACCAGAGUGUCAUUUGUCACCCCUAAAACCCCGCUCAUACAUUGGGCAUGCAUUGAAUAAAUAUUACAGAAUAUUUUACUGCAUUCUGUUUUAUUAUUAAAUUAUUAUUAAAACUCCUGUAUUGUGUUAUGUGCAAGUUUACAAUAAAAAAUCUUAUAUUAUAGUG